AUGCUCCUGUCUUUCUGCAGAGGGCGUGUUGUGAGGGUGCCCAAAGGUCCUCUUAUUCGAGUCGUGGGCACGGAGGUGGUGAUCCCUUGCAGCGUUAGUGACUACGAUGGACCCAGUGAACAGAACUUUGACUGGGAGUUCUCCCGGGAGACUGACUUCUUGCGGAUAGUGAGUACCUGGGAUUCUACAUUCACCUCUGAGGAGUACCAAACACGCGUGGGCCACGGGGAUAUCAAACUGAGAAGGAGCAGCAACGAUGCUGUGGAACUUGUGAUUAGAAACAUCCAGCCAACUGACCAAGGGAGAUACAAAUGCUCCACGCCCAGCACUGAUGCCACCGUUCAGGGAAAUUAUGAUGCAGAGGUCCAAGUGAAAGUGAUUUCCGAUGGCUUAUCGGUCAGUGGUUCAAAAGCACGUUCUUCAGCAUCUCUCAGGCUGUCUGAGGGUGACUCCUUCAAGCUGCGCUGCUCAGCAAUUACCACCUCACCAGAGCACACUCACCUGCAUGUGACUUGGCAGAUCAAAAGUGGAUCGACUUGGCGAGACAUCCUAUCUUUGACUCAUGAGGGCAAAUUCCAUCCAGGUCCUGGCUAUGAAGAGCGUUACCGUAAUGGAGAUAUCCGCUUGGACACAGGAGCGAAUGACACCUAUCGGUUAUCUGUAUCCCAGGCCUCCUCGGUGGAUGCGGGUGCCUACAGGUGUCUUGUGAGCGAGUGGGUGAGAGGGGAAGAUAGCUCAUGGCAGAAGAUUCAGGAGAAGAACGUGGAGAUAGCAAGCGUGGCAAUCCAACGGACUGCUCUAGAUGUGGUCAUCUCAACAAGCAAUGUGUCUGUGACUGAAAGAGACUCCCUGGAUCUUACAUGCAACAUCACAACAGACAGGAGCGGUAUUUUCCAAGCGGAGGUGACAUGGUAUUUUUCUGUGUCACCUGAUGAUACCUUGUCAGAUGCUCAGGUUUUGCUCAGCAUGGACCGUGAUUCUGUUGUCAGCGAUUCAACUCUCAUCAGCCUGAGCCAUGUAGAUAGGAAUUCCUAUCGCCUGUUGGUGCGUGAUGUGGAUGUGGAAGACUCUGGCUACUACUUCUGCCAAGCAGCUGUCUGGAUACCACUGCACAAUGGGAGCUGGCAUAAGGUGGUGGAGAGAACAUCUGCACCAGUCAGUGUGGCGGUGACAGCAUUAGAACCAGACUAUGAGGUGUUUCUGAAUGUCUCUAAAACUCCCAAGUUUUCAGAUGACCCCACAGAGCUCAAUUGCAGGAUCACAAACGUACAGGACACCGAAGCAAACAUCCGCUUCACGGUUUCCUGGUACUACAGGCAGCGCCUGCGCAGUGACGAUGUGGUGGCAGAGGAACUCCUGGCCACGAUGGAUGCAGACUGGACUCUGCUGCUUGGGGACAGGAGCAGAGAGCGGGCUCAGAAUGGGGAAAUAAUCUUCUCUAAAAAGGCUGCUGACACCUUCAGUUUACGAAUCCAGUGGACUUCAGAAAGUGACAGAGGGGAUUAUUUCUGCGUCAUCUCUGCGUGGAGCCGGCACCGCAACAACAGCUGGGUAAAGAGCAAAGAUGUGACUUCUGCAUCUGUCAGCAUUUUCUGGGCUACACAAGAUUACACGCUUACAGUGGAGGCAGUGAAGUUGAAGCCAUUCUUUGUAGCAGGCCACACCUUCGAGAUGACAUGCAAAGUGUCUUCAAAAAACAUCAAGACGCCACGCUAUUCUGUCCUCAUUACAGCUGAGAAGCCACUAACGGAUCAGUCAAAUCCCAAUGGAACCACUCGCAUAAUCUCCUUGAACCAGGAUUCAGUAGUGCGGCUGGAAGACUGGACGGACCAGACUCGUGUGGACGGCGUGGUUCUGGAGAAGGUCCAGGAGAAUGAGUUCCGCUACAGGAUGUAUCAGACCCAGAUUUCUGAUGCUGGGCUGUAUCGCUGUGUGGUGACUGCCUGGUCUCCAGGUGGUGGUGGCAUGUGGCGUGAAGCAGUGAAUGGCUUAUCCAACCCUAUCCAGAUAGACUUCCAGAUGUCAGGUCCUGUGUUUAACGUCACGGUGCAUUCUGACAGCCCGACGAUUUACCAGGGUGAACUGGCAGAUCUACUGUGUAUUGUCACAACGGAAGGAAUGGCACUUGAGCCAGAUGAUAUGUCCUUUGAUGUCUCCUGGUUUGCGGUGCGCUCCUUUGCGUUGGACAGAGAGCCCGUGUUGCUGGCCUCGCUGGACCGGAGAGGGAUUGUGACGCAGAGCAGGAGAAAUGGGAGCAGUGAUCUCAGCCUGGAGAGAAUCAGCCCGCUGGAAUUCCGGCUCCGUGUGCAUGGCUGUGAGGACCACGACUUCGGGAACCACUACUGCGUAGUGACCCCGUGGGUGCGAUCCGCCACCGGUGUAUGGCAGCGGGAACCUGACAUCAAAGCCAAACCCAUCUUUCUAUCUGUGAAAAUGGAUGUUCUGAAUGCUUUCAAGUAUCCCCUGUUGAUUGGCAUCGGUCUGGCCACUGUCAUUGGACUCUUAUCCUGCCUCAUUGGCUACUGCAGCUCCCGUUGGUGCUGCAAGAAGGAAGUGCAGGAAACAAGACGAGAGCGUCGACGGCUCAUGUCAAUGGAGAUGGACUGAGUGUGGGAGCCAGACACACAUGCGUUUUGGGAGAGACUCACAGGGCUCUUGAACUGUGCUGAGACACUCGCUCACAGGCCCAGACAAGACAGUGCGUUUCCUCUCUGAUUUCAGCCUGGACCU